ACCAUGCUCACGCUUGGAGAAAUGCUGUGCCUUGGGUUUGAAAUCUACCCUCGGGUUUCUUUAUGAAGCUGAUGUUUUCUCUUAUGCGUGUCCCUCCUCCUUGCUUACAUAUCUAGUAGCCUCGAUUGAUAGUUUGAAAAGGGCCACGGAUCUAGCCAGAGCUGUUUAGCACAGAGUGCUGUAGUUCGGCCAGCCAGAGAUGCUUUAUGAAGAGCAAAAGCAACAACAAUCAAAGAAGCCCUAGCCAGAUGGGAGGAGAAGACAGGUCAGAGGCCAUCUGAAGCCAAAGAGUUAAAGCUUUAUGCCCAAAUUCCCCCCAUAGAGAAGAUGGAUGCAUCUUUGUCAACUCUUUCUAAUUGCGAGAAGCUUUCAUUGUCAACAAACUGCAUCGAAAAAAUUGCCAACCUGAAUGGCUUAAAGAACUUGAGAAUAUUGUCAUUAGGAAGAAACAACAUAAAGAACUUAAAUGGACUGGAAGCAGUGGGGGAUACAUUGGAGGAACUUUGGAUUUCCUACAAUUUUAUAGAGAAGUUAAAAGGGAUACAUGUGAUGAAGAAACUGAAGAUUCUCUACAUGUCUAACAACCUGGUGAAAGACUGGGCUGAAUUUGUGAAGCUGGCGGAACUGCCGUGCCUGGAAGACCUCGUGUUUGUAGGCAACCCCUUAGAAGAGAAGCAUUCAGCAGAGAGCAACUGGAUUGAAGAGGCAACAAAGAGGGUGCCCAGGCUGAAAAAGCUGGAUGGUACUCCAGUAAUUAAAGAAGAUGAGGAAGAAGAAAACUAACACCCUAUUUUCUACUUUGCAUUAACUUAUUUAAAUAUCAUAAGAACAAUAGAUAAGUUUUAUAAAAUUAUCUAUUUUAAAGAUUCCGUCUUGGGCAAAAGGUUCUUAAGAUAAAAACCAUCUCUCAUGUCUGCCAUUUUCCCUUCACCUAGUUGAUAUUUCUCCUUGAAACUGGUAACUCCGUACUAGCCCUCCUGGAAAUCAUAGAUCCUCCGUUGUCCUCAGUCCUGGUUCCGAACCUCGUGGCCCCAUCACUGAUACCUUUAUCGACCAAUCACCUUGUAAGAACAAAGAGAUAGACAUUUUUAUUUGGCUUGUUUAGUUAUGGGUUUGUUUUUUUUUUUUUUUUCAUAAGGCAUUUUAAUAUAUGUUCUUUUGGAACUACUGUAGAACCUUGUCCCCAGAGGUCUGUCUCAGAAGCGCAGCUGUUUUCUGCCUCCGGUUCGGAAGGCAGCAGUGGUGAGGAGGGUGCCUCUGUGCCACACAGCAACAGCCCUGCCUGGGAGAGGACUGAAGGUAGGGGAGGGAAAGCCAGUCUCCCGGAAGCCUGCCAGCCCACGUAGUAUUUACCUGUUGUUUUUCUUAACAACAAAGUGUGCAUUCUCAACUGGAAUUUAGCCUGUGUUUUCACAUAUGUCAUGUCAUUCUGCUAUCCAGGCCAGUGGU